AUGGGCAAGUUGACCAGCACGAUCGGUAUCCCGAUCAAGCUUCUUAAUGAGGCGCAGGGCCACGUCGUCACACUUGAGAUCACGUCCGGGGUUGUCUACCGUGGAAAACUCCUAGAGGCUGAGGACAACAUGAACGUCCAACUGAAGGAUAUCACGGUCACCGCGCGCGACGGCCGCGUGUCACAUCUUGAUCAGGUGUACAUUCGGGGAAGCCAUGUGAAGUUUUUCAUUGUGCCGGAUAUGCUUAGGAACGCUCCCAUGUUCCGCUCACGAGGCCAGCGCGGUCGCGGUGUCGGUCUUGCUCGUGGUAAGGCCACGGUGCAGAGGGCGAGAGGACAGAGACGGGGUUAA